AUGGCGGUGCUCUUCGGCAAGAAUUCGCAGGCGGAUUGGUGGGGCGUUGGGAAGGGAUCACAUCGGUCGAACAAAGAUGUGGCCGACAGCACCACCACGGGCUUUUUCGAACCUUUCAAGCCUCCGAAAGAGAUGGACGAGGGAUUGGGAAAGCGUGAAGUGCCGCAGCAGUCCCAGCAGCAUAGGUGGUCGGCGGAUCGCAUGGACCGAUUGUUCUCGGACUCGUGCGAGGCAGCACAUCCCAACCGAGAAUCUAUUUCACCUUUGCCCAUGGACAUAACUGGCGACAACCCCGUCGACGAUUUUUCACUGGGCACGGCGCGGGUCGCUCACAUGGACAAGACUACAGCUACUUCAGUCCCAUGCCCGUCUCCAAUGUUCUUGAGCGGCUUGUCGGUAUGUAAGAGCGUUGCCGAUCUACAAGCAAUCCUACGAGAGAACAGCGUCGAUCUACGCACCCAGCGCACCCAUGCAACCCGCAUUUUCGAGCAUGUCACGAGCAGCGACUGGGCUGCUCAUGCUAUCGCAGAAUAUCUCAUCGAUCCAGCAUUUCACCCUCCUGGUUGCUAUCAUCACAGCGCACUAACAGAGGCGCUUCACAAGACAACAGUUUCUCUGGGAGACUAUUCCUUGGAUUUCGAGCGAAGAAAAGUGAUCAUGAAUGCAGUCUGCUCGGCAACACGCACCGGCAUGGUCACCGGACAGGAGUGGCUGCGUAUAAUCGAUUCCGUGGUCUAUCAUCAAGGUGCUACGAGGAACGCCAAAGACCACCAUGAAUGCGCUCGGCUAUCGAACAAAUUGGUCGGCAGUUACAUGCAGAGCCCGAAAGCGCUAUUCACCCUGCAGCUCUACUCGAAACCGGAGGUCGACCGCGCGCUGAUCGCUGACGUCUGCGUUCGGCGCCUCAAGAAUACGUUUACGUUUGAAAAUGCUGAGAACACCACCAGUUUAGCUAAGCAACUGCUCAGAUUUCCACGAGUAGCUCAAGAUGAGAUACUUGGACGCAUAUCAGGAUCUCUAUGUGCACCCUCACACUGGACGCCAGAUAUUCGCGUCUUUCCCGCCCGAAAUUUUCGCGCGUUACUCGGAGAGCUUCGCCGCCUGGAUCCCCCAUCAAAAGCGAUCACGGAAGCCCAGGCGAAGCGUCUUGCUUCAGGGAUACCCGAAGAGCUCAUGGAGUCAGACCGACUGUUGGUCUUUGUCUUCGUGGUGUCCGUGAGAUAUAUAGCACCAUGGUCUCCAGAGAUCAAGGAGGAGUCCUUCCCGGUCCUCGACCUCUUCGAUCUUGACAGAUCCAAACCUUCCAGAGUCAUGCACAGUGAGUUACUCUCAAGAGCCGACCCACUGCUGUUCCAAGGGAGAUACCAAUUGUCGGAAGACCUGGCUUGGUUGCUCUCGCGACAAACUGAUCAGGAGAAACGCACGAGAUCGACUGAGAACCUGGCGAGAAUGGUUGAUCAACAAGCACAUCUGCUUCUGCACAGCCCAACAGGUCGCCAGGAGAACCUGAGCAAUGCAGCUCAGGUUCAAGAACUGGCUGGAGCCCUGAACGAACAACCAGCCUUUUACCAGCAGCUCAAUCGCAGCCUGGUGUCAGGCGACAAGCUGAGCCUGCGAUUUGUGACGAGACUGCUGAACAGAAACCCCGACUUUCGUACUGCACUCACCAGUUUCUUGCGGCAUAAGGGUCGACGUAUCAAUCAACCGUUGUUGCCGAAUUCGAUCUCUGCGGAACAAGCACUGGAUACAAUGAACAUGCUAGCUGUAGCGUUCGCAUCAUCUACGGUCAUUUCUUCGCGGAUGGCUUUGAAGAAGGUGACUUGGUGUUACCAGUUCCUCGUGCGAAACAGAGCACCUGUCCAAUUUCCCAUCACAAGGGCUUUGUGGCAUGCAGGCGUGACACGACAGCCCCACAAGGCCAGCUCCCAGCUGCUGACAUGGUUACUCGGCAAGAUCGCCCGUGUGGAAGGCGAGGAAGUUGCACAAGUGCUUCAAACAAGUUCCGCCUUUCGUAGAUCACGUGCCGUGACAUUUAUGAAGAUAGCGCGUCUCUCGGCACGUCAGCCUUCCAGUCGGCCGCAUCUGGGCGAUCUGGCAGAAGAAGAGAAACUGGCGCAGGCGCCCUCGAGCAGCGAAAAUCUGACGAGGUCGAAGGAGGUCGCAGACGAGAUAGGGCAGGUCAGCAGCUUAGAGCACAGGCUCUAUCGACAGAGGAUGCUCCGGCAGCUCUAUGCCAAACGCUUUAUGACACUGAUUGAGGAGAGAAUAGCGGCGUGCAGGUCUGAGAUUGAGCAGCUGGCACGAAUCACGUGGUCGCGGGAGGCUCGAGGAGAGCAGGACCGCCUUACCGAGCGUGAAUACAUCGACCGUGUCCUUGGUCUCGUCGAGCACGAGGUCAAGCAUCUCGACUUAAGAGCCACAGAUGGACAAACUACGUGUACAUCCCAUACGCAGCGUGGUCACGCAACGCCACUGUUUCCCGUUUCCGACGUGGAGAUCAGCAGAGACUCGAUCCUCUCCACGACAAGCAUUCCAUCAUUCUUCAAUCUUGGGACUGAGCAGCCUAUCUUUGACUUGUCCGGAGCAAAGGAUACCCGAGCGUGUGAUUCAGCAGCGUCGACGACCUCCGCGGAUGACAUGUCAGCUGCGUUGUCAGAGCAACAUGUCAAGUCACGCGUAUGGAAACGCAUGUCCGGCGUCCACCAUAUCAAACGCAAAGGCGUAUCAUUGACAGCGCGCACCACACGUAUUGUGCGGCGACGGAUGAAAGGGACACUGCUUGCCAGGCCUUCUAUAUGGAGAAGCAUACCGUUGACAACGCACACUGAGGCUUUCGAGUGGAGGCGCAUUCCAGUGACAGAGGGCGUUAAGCUUCUGCCCAAGAACCGCAUGUCACCUGCAAGGUCAAGUAAACAAGUGGUGGAGAGACGACGGAGCAAGCAGACGAAGCAAAAGGCUACUGCAGCAGAUCGCAGUGGGCAUGCCACGCCAGCUACGGUGACGGCGACGGCGACGGCGACGGCGAGGCUGCUCAGCCAGGAGGAGGAUAUGCGUAGAUUUCAGGCAUGGCUUGCUAAGAAGAAGAAGAAGACAAAAGCGGUAGCUAGCACGGCGGCCUCUGAGGGGUCAGCGGUGACAGAUGGUGCUGUAUGGCUACCCUAG